CUUGUUUCUUAUUCGUUAUGAUCGCAAUAAUAAUCUUAGCUUUAAAAACAUUCUGUUCUUUAGAAUUUUGGACUCAGAUUGUGAUUGUAAGUUUCGUUCUAGGAUACUAUGCGUGGAAACUACGCCGGCCGAAAAAAGAUCCAACCAAUAAAGCAAUAUUUAUCACUGGUUGCGACUCAGGCAUGGGCCAUCGCAUGGCCAGAAGAUUUGAUGAGCUAGGAAUGGUCGUUUUCGCUGGUUGCCUACAACCGGAAGCCAAAGGAGCUCUUGAACUGAAGAGUAUCUGCUCCAAAAGAUUACACAUCGUACCCAUGGACAUCACGAAUGAUGAGCAAGUGCGGAAGGCAGUGGAAUACGUGGAAGCCAAUCUUCCUCCAAGAGAAAGAGGAUUGUACUGUCUGGUAAAUAAUGCUGGAAUUUUGGCCUAUACGGAUUUUGAAUUAAUGACUUUCAGAAUGUGCGAAGAAAUAAUCAACGUCAACCUGACAGGAACAAUUCGAGUGACAAAACACUUUUUGCCACUCAUAUGUCGAAGUCCCGGUCGCAUAGUGACUAUAACAAGCAUUCACGCCCGAUCCCUCUAUCCCCGAACAUCGCUCUACACUGCCACCAAAUACGCUCAAGAAGGAUUUUUCUCCUCUCUCCGCUACGAAUUACAAGAAAAGGGGGUGCUCUUGUCGAAUGUGGAGCCCGGAAACUUUUCUAGAACUACCGAUAUAAUGCAGUGGACUCAGCGCCAUCUGGAUGAGAUGUGGAACAACUUAUCUCCAGAGGAGCAAGAAUCUAAGAGCCAUUUAUUCGAAAAAACAAAAGAAACGGUGAACAGAGCAAUCAGGGCCAAAUCUUCUGAAUCAGAGCAAGAAGCGAACUACAAGUACUUGUUACCGGAUGUGGAGGACGCCGUGCUAGCAGAAGAGCCUCAGUGGCGGUACAUCAGCGCUCCUUUGAGCUUAAAAAUAGUAAUGGGGUUAUUGUUAAGACUUCCGGAAAAAUGGUCCUUUGCGCUGAGCAAGAAAAUGGUCACUUGAAAACGCAAACUUGAGAGGAUGUUUCAUCAAAUUGUGCCUUUUCACCAAAAUAUAGUCGCAUGUAUAGUUGCUGACCAUUAUAGUAGAAACAUUUAAUUAAACAAAUUUUAAACAUUUUAUUUUAAAAAUUGAAUUCAGAAUGAGACAGAUAAUAAAAACAUAAAAGAAUGGUAUCUUAAAUAAAAUCUUCUACAAAUUGA